AUGUUACCUCGUCGCUACACGCGCCUCUCACGCCUCCCACGCACCCUGCUAUUCGACCUGCUCCCGGUCCUCCUGCUCUUCUACUCCCUGGUUGAAGUGCUCUCCGUGCGCCGCGCCCUCCAGGCCGUCGACCAAACCGCCGAGCACGAGGCCGAAACCUACGAGAAAGGGGAGAAAAUAUUCAUAUCGACCAUCCACCUCCAUGACGAGCAGCUGCUCCGCUCACACUGGAACGACGCGCUGCUCUCGCUGGUCGAGGCGCUCGGCCCGUCCAACGUCUACGUGAGCAUAUACGAGAGCAACAGUCGCGACGACACCAAAGGCGCCCUGCGCGAUCUCGACGCCGAGCUGGAACAUGCCGGCGUCCGCACCACCGUCAUACUCGACCCGUCGACCCGCGAGCAGGAACUCGAGGGCGACAAAACCGGCGAAGGCUGGAUCACAACGCCGGCGGGCGAGAAGGAGAAGCGGCGCAUCCCUUACUUGGCCCGGCUGCGCAACCGCACGCUGAAGCCGCUCGAGGAGCUCGAGAGCAAAGGCGAACGCUUCGACCGCGUGCUCUUCCUCAAUGACGUCGUCUUCACCGCCCGCGACAUCCUCGCCCUCCUCCGCACCAACGCCGGCCACUACGCCGCCGCCUGCGCCCUCGACUUCCGGCACGCCCCCGCCUUCUACGACACCUUCGCGACGCGCGACCUCGACGGGCACGCCCCGCUCUCGACCUCCUUCCCCUACUUCCGCGCCGCCUCGUCGCGCCACGCGCUCACGCACCGCGGCCACGACCACACGACGCACGCCAGCGAGACGACCGCCGCCGGCGGCGUCCUCGCCGACGGCGCCGUCCCCGUCGCCAGCUGCUGGAACGGCGCCAUGGCCAUGGACGCCGCGCCCUUCUACACGAAGCUGCGGCGCCUCGCCUUCCGCGCGCUGCCCGACGGCCUCGCCGCCGCCCACCUCGAGGCCAGCGAGUGCUGCCUCGUGCACGCCGACAACCCCUACUCGGACGGCCGCGGCGUCUUCGUCAAUCCCGGCGUGCGCGUGGGGUACAGCGCGGCGGCGUACGCGGCGGUCAACCCCGGCGACGGCAGGCUGUGGCUGUCGGCGUGGGACAUCUUCUACGGCAUGUGGGAGAAUCGCGCGCUGCGGCUGAUGGCGUGGGGCCUGGAUAGGCAGGAGGUGGUGGUGGAGACGCGGGUCGGGCUGUGGGAGAAGGAUUUUAGGAGGAGGGAGCCUGGCGCGUUUUGUGCGGUCGAUGAGAUGCAGGUUCUUAGGAACGAUGGCUGGGCGCAUGUCUGA